AUGGCUGACACCAAGGAGAAGCUGAAAGCAGUAUACAGGUGCCAGCCAGGUGGACUCUGGGUCUUCUUCAGCCUCCUCAUCCUCUUCUUGGUCAUGCUUCGGGUUGCAGAGAAGCUGCAGCCUGCCAGCAAUAACACCCACCCCAAGAGAGAUGGGGGAACACGGUUUGGGCUGCCUGCAGGGGGGUUCACUGGGCUGCAGAGGAGCUGCCCUCUUUCCAUCCUUUGCAUCUCAGACUUGUACCCUCCCUGUUACAGAAGCUGCCAGUGCGAGCUGGAGCGUGCCCUGCAGCAGACCACAGACCAUGGCCAGAAGCGGCUGAGGGAUGCCCUCCAGACCCCUGACCUGCUGUGGGAGGAUGGUUCCCUGUCCUGGCAGAGAAAACCCGUGCCCGACAUCACCUCGACUGAGGGCACACAAGACAUCCUUCAGACUCAAUCAUACCUCAACCAGGAGACCCCACUGGAAACCAGCCCAGGCAGCCAAGAGGAGCACUGGACAUCACCGCCUGCGAAGAGCAGCAAGAAGGUGAAAGCCCAGCUGUCACCCACAAGGCUGAAAUCCCAGCUUCCUGACCUGAAAAAAGCAACCAGGGAGGGCCCUUCUCCAGGUCUUCCUGGGGGAACCUCCACAGUGUUGGGAGAUGCGGGUGCUGUCAUCAGCAAAUUCAUAACCUUUGCAAACAGGAUGACCACAGAGGAGCACCAGAGACUGUCACCACCAGAAGUGACACAGGUGGUGGUACAGAGCCAGCCUCAGCCUCAAGCCAUAGAUUCCCCCCAAGACCAGCGGGGCAGCUCACUUAAAUACACCAUGCCAAAUCCUGCUCAGCCUCCACAGGCAGAGGACUUCCACAAAACACUCACGGAGACGGGACUAUUCCCAAGCCAGACAAAAGUCCCUAAGGUUGAGGAGGUGACACUUGGAGACCAGCAGGGCAGAGGAGUCUCCUCUCAAGGGCAGAGAUGUGAGCCCAAGACUGACAUUGUUUUCCUGAAGGUCCACAAGAGCGCCAGCAGCACCGUCAUGAACAUCCUCUUCCGCUUCGGCGAGAUGCACAACCUCACCUUUGCUUUCCCCAACGGAGGGGGUAACCAGCUCUUCUACCCACGCCACUUCUUGGCCAGCUUCGUGCAGGGCUUCUCCCCCGGGAGCCCUCAGCGGUUCAACAUCCUCUGCCACCACAUGCGGUUCCUGCAGCCAGAGGUGCAGAAAGUGGUGUCCAGCUCCGCUGUCUACUUCUCCAUCCUGAGGAACCCUGUGCAGCUCAUGGAGUCCUCCUUUGUGUACUACAAGGGCACGUCAGCUUUCUCCCGUGCCCGCAGCCUGGAAGAGUUCCUCAGCCAGCCCUACCAUUACUACAACCCUGCAAACAGUGACAGCCACUACGCCAAGAACCUCAUGACGUUUGACUUCGGCUUCAACCCCGAUGGAGAGGUCUCUGCUGAGCGGGUGCAACUCAUGCUGAAGGUUAUUGAGGCAUCCUUUGACUUGCUCCUCAUCUCAGAGUACUUCGAUGAGUCCAUGGUGCUGCUGAAGGAGAUGCUGUGCUGGGACCUGGACAGCGUUGUCUCCUUCCCACUCAACAUCAGGGACAGCAGCACCAAGUCGCCCUUGCCAGACAGCGUUGUGAAGAAGAUAAAGGACUGGAAUAGGCUGGACUGGGAAAUCUACAUCUACUUCAACAGGACCUUCUGGGAAAGGAUUGACAGGGACAUUGGCAGGGAACGCAUGCAGCAGGAAGUAAAGGCACUUCGGGACAGGCAGGCAGAGCUGGCGAGGACCUGCCUGCAAGGGACAGGCAGCGUGGCCCCAAAGGACAUCAAAGACUCUUCCCUGCGCCCACUGCAGCAUGGCAAUGCAAAGAUCUUGGGCUAUAACCUCAAGCAGGGCUUGCGUAAGGAGAUGGAGCACACGUGUCGGCGGCUGGUGACCCCGGAGCUGCAGUACAGCAGCAUCCUCUACAAGAAGCAGUUCGCCCAGAAGCAGCCCCAGACCCACCAGCCCGGUCCCUCCCAGCAGGACAAUGCCCUGAAGAACAACCUGAAGCGCACCCAAAACUGAGCCUCCUUGUCCCAUCCAGGCAUGGAUCUCCAGCUGUCUUUGCCAAGGACAGUGAGGCGCCUGCCCACCAGAGCCCCUGCACACCUCUGUGUGCACCUCUGCAAGGCUGUGCAUUAGCUCUUGGGUGCCACUGGUGCAGAGCAGGACAGGAUGCAACAGGGGAUCCCAGGGGUGCAACGUGACACAACUCUUCCAGAUAGGCCCUGAGCAAACAGGGCAAACCCCUCAUUGGCAGCUGAGCCCUUAGAGGAGGCGAUGCGGGGCAGUGUGCUGCACAGCACUCACUCCAGCAGUAAGGAGCAGAACCAGGAGGGGAACCCAAGUUCUCAGCCCUGCUCUGGAGAUCACAGCAGUGCAGAACCAAGCUGUAAAUCAGAGCUGUGGAGCUUGAUUUACAGCUUGGGAACAAGUUUGUCUGCCCUGCCAUAGCUCUCCUCCACUGAGCCUUAAUGCUACUGUUGUGGAAAAGCAGCCUCUUCUUAAAAAUAACAAUGCUCACCAUCACUCCUAUGGAGUUCCCUGCAGUUACACCAGUUGGCCCAGCAGCCCAAGAAACAGGCCUCAGACACCUGAAAAUGUCCCGGGGAAAAAGAAGAUGAAAAAUCAGCAUUUUCUCCCUGGCUCUGUGGUUCACACUGCCCUCGGAUGCUGCACUCCUAUACUGCAUUUAUAGGCUCAGCAUCCUACCCUGGAGCUGAUGCCAACCCUGCAGUGUCAGACUGUGAGUUAAAUACCCCUGCCUCUGGAAGACGUUUCGUGAGCAUCUCUGCAGCCAGACAUCCUGACCGACCGCUCUGGAGCCGCUAUUCUGUAGGAAUAUUCUGUGCCAAGGGCACAAUACAAGAAUGGACUGUGGUGGACUUGUUAGCCAUACUUUUCACAGCCUACACUUACCCUUGAAUCAAAAGCAGAGCCAGCAAAUGAGUCGGGAUAAACAGAAGCCCACGAUCCGGACCUUCAGCAUGCUUCCCAAUCCAGAAGAGGUUCAGUAAAAACCUACAGAAGGAUCUGAGCAUCCCAGGCUCUCCCUUGGCCAGCAUCAGAGCACCAAAGGUUUUGGCUUCCACCCAAAGAUGCUUUGUCUCCUGCUCACAGCUUAACCAGGAUAAGAAACAGACUAUGCUCCCACUGCUCUUCCCCAGGAGUGACUGGGCAGUGCUGAGCAUCCACCCCAGCACAAUGCAUGGCCGUUGUUUUGGGGAUGUUUGCCAAACGGGUUUUUGGUGUUGCUUGUUCCAUAAAGUUUCAUGUCUGCUGCAUAUCCACAGAUCACUGCGUUGUGGUCCCUUCCCUCAUUUCUCCUGCUGGGACAUGGUAUGGUCUCAUGGCUUGCAGAGGCCCAACUCCCCCUUUGGGUUCCUUGGUGGUCUGCAGUUCACCCCAGAG